CAUGCAGAAUUCAACUACACCAGAAAUUAGUGUUCGGUUUGUGUACAACAGCCACAGCAGCAACAUCAACGAAGAGCUGGCAGAAAUGGAACUCCUUCCAAAGUAUCUCAAUGAGCUGCAGGACUCAAACAAGAUGAAGCGAUGUGCAGCCUACAAGAGGGUGCACGAGCUAGUCGGGUCUGGCAAAGACGAGCUUACGGAGGACGACGAGUUCUCCAUCAUCCGGGCGUGCCUCAAAGGUUUCGAGGACUCCUCUGAGCGCGCACGCGAGGAGGCGGUGCGCAUCACGACGGAGCUCCUCUCGGAUCAGAACGCCAAUGUACUCGACUGGGUGCUCCCCUCCGUUGUCACCCGCAUCGGCAUCGUACCUGUAGCGGAGGAGAGCGAAGAAAUCAGGCUCCUUCUUCUCCGCUUAGGCACAACGUGCAUGACGUGCUUUCCGCACGACAUCGGGCCACGCAACUACAUCGACUUUUUCCAGGUGCUGUUAGAAAACUGCUUCCGCGAUCCGUUCCCGGACCUCAAGAAGGAGGCUUGCAAGGCGGCGUGUCAGCUCUGUGCGAUCGAGCCGAAGCAGGUCAAGGCGAUUACCGUCCCUUUGGCCAAGGCGGUGAAAAGCGCAUGUCUGAUGCACAAGCACAGCGCCGUGCGCGCCGAGGCGGCCAACACGCUCGCGGUGCUUUUUCGCUGCGGCGCGUCGGAGGUGCUGAAGGACGGCAAGGACGAAGCCGAAAACCGCACCACGGCGUCGGAACUCUUCGUCCUCUGCAACGACCACAGCGAGCCGGUUCGUCUCGCGGUCCUCGAUAUUCUCUCAUGUGCGCUGCUGGACAUUAAGGAACGCGUAGAGAUGCACCCCAAGUACCUACCGCAUCUGCUGUUGCUGGUGACGGACCCCUUUGACGCUGUGCGGGCGCGGGCACGUGAAAUUCUGGAGCGAGUCGGUCAACUGUACUUGAUGGACAACGAGGACAACCGCAUCGACAUGGCGAGUCGGCGCGUGACGAUGAAAGACAUUGAGUGGUACGGGGACGACGAGUACCCCUCCAUGGCCCUCACCUCCGCCGCCGCGCACAAGUACGACCUCUUUGCCUCCCGCCCCAGUCUCGGCGCCCGUUACGUCGUGGCCGACUCCGUCCGUGCGUUUCUGGACCGCAUUCUCGCCGAUGUCACGGCAGUCGACUGGGUCAUUCCCUUCUCCACAAACAACCGCAAGGUGGUGGCGCUGAAGCUUUUGUGGACGACGAUCUAUUUUUGUGAGAAGUCCAGCGUGCAGUUCACGGAGCGGGUGCUGAGUGCGGUGUACAAGGCGUUUGCCGAUGAGCUGCCCGCGGUGAAGGAUGAAGCCGCGUUGUGCAUUGAAGUGCUGGGGAAGUUUCUCGUGCCCGAUCAGUACCUUCCGUUCUUAAUUGCGAAGCCGCAAGCCGCAAGCCCGGCCGCCGCUGCUGCCACCUCUUCCACCACCGGCGCAGCGGAUGCGACGUACGAGGACACCGCCAUCGUGCAGAAGUCGCGUAACAAGACGGUUAUCUUGACGUCGGUGGAGGAGGUGGCUGGUCCGGCGCCAACGCUCUUCUCCACUGCAGCGGUCACGGUGAAGUGCUCCAUCUUGCGUACAUUGACCUUUUUAAUCGCGGGCUCGAAGGACAAGCUGACUGGCGUGCACGCCACUCGCAUUACGCAGGCCGUCACGGCGAACGAUUUGGUCGAAUGCGAGAAUGAGCCGCUGCUGCUCGCCCUCCUCGACACCAUGCAGCACAUCUUUCUUGUCUUUGUAGAAAAGGGCUUCAUGGCGUCUCCGCAGCAGCCCCUUCCCGAGAGCAUCCUCAACGAUGCAAAGCAACGGACGCUGGACUCGAUUGCCCUCUACGCGCUUCUGCGUAUCAAGAGCGCGGACAUUCCCUCCGUGCAGGUGAAAGCGAGCGACGCCAUCGCAGCGCUCUCCUCGGUCGUGACGGGCUCGGCAACGGGCAUCUACACGCUCCACGUCGCGCGGCUUCUGACCCGCUACGGGGCCGGCAUGCCCGUCAGCGCUUUCAGCGAUCUCGUCCUUAACGCCGAAAGCGUCUCGACACUCGGGGGCGUGCUGGCCAACAUUUUCGUGUCGCGGCUGGCGGAGAUCAACUUUGCCGUCAAGGUGACCGAGGAGCUGCGCUACCUUACCGUACUGGAGAGACUGCUGUGGAACAAAACGGUUGCUUUCCAGCCUAGUGAGGUGCAAGAGCUUCUUCGGGCCAUCAUUCUGCCGCUGGCCACCUUUCAGCCCGGUAACACGGCUCAUCUUUUUCGAAAAGUGGCGGUCAAUUGUCUGUGCGCGGUGGUGGACCCCUCCUACCGCGACGCGCUGCAACCGCAGCUGGAGGAGAGCAACUGUGCGCUCUCCAUCAAGCUCAUUAACGCGUGGUGCUCCGCUUCUGACGCCGACGAUGGCGAGAUGCGCCUUGUGUGCAUGUCCGUGCUGCACAACGUCAGUGCCCUGCCCAUGGUGACGGGGUCUGCGCACGAGAUUGCGCAGUCGGUUCUUCUGCGCUUUGACGACUCGAAUGAACUUGUUCGUCUUCGAACCAGUGCAGAGCUGCUGAAGACCCUGGAGAGCUCUUCGUCGGGGACUUCACCCUUUGUGCUCGACGAGGUCUCCUCGCAGAUGGUGCCGCUCGUAAAGAAGAUGUUGAUCUAUCUGGAUGACACGGAGGAGUCGGUGGGCAUUCGACCUGUGUUGACCGCAGUGUUGAAGAAGCUGGGUGACAUCUCGCCGAACAUCGUGGUGGACCUAACCCGAUCAGCGCUGGAGCGGCACGAGGAGAAGCAGUACUGUAGGGAUAUUCUGCAGUACCUAGAAGCCAAGUAUUGA